AUGGUGACACCUGGCCAGCCCAAACGAGAAUUGCCUCCUUGGCUUGAUCACUUCAAUGCCCGUGAUCUCAAGACCUUCUUUCGCUGCUGGGCUCCAGCCUGGGUGGCAUGCUUGCUGAUGUUUAUCAACCCCGUCUUGCGCGAAUUCGGACAGGCCACCUUUUUUGCAUGCCUUAUCUUGUUCAUGGCGCCCCCCAUGGGCAUUGUCUUUGUCUUUGUUCUGACUGCAGUCACUCUUCUUCUCGGUAUUUGUCUCGCCUGGGCCUGGGGAGCCAUCACCAUGAAGGCUGCGCUGGCCAUUCGUUCCGAAAUAGAGACAGAAAUCCUUCUCAAAGCCGUCGAGGAAGCAGCCGUUGCCCAGGCAAAGGUAUCUGGACGCAGCGUUGCGACAGAAGCAGAACUACUUAUCUACGGCGGAGAGAUGCUUGAUCCGCGAAUGACAGCCGUCUACUACUGCCUGGGUUGUCUGUUCAUCUACUUUAUCACACGUCUUCGAAUGUACAACCCAAAAUUUGCCCUGACACAAAUCCUGGGAAUCAUUGUCACCGACUUCUUCCUCCUCUAUGGACCUUUGCUUUACACCUUUGAUGGAAACCUGGCCAAAACGAUUGCUAUUCCCAGCUGUGCUGGAAUCGGACUAGGGCUUGCGGCAUCGGUUCUUCUCUUCCCACAGUCCACAUCCUACACCGUCCUUACAGCAAUGGAAGGCGUAUUGAGCUUGAUCAACACCCCUAUCAACUUGACAACAAAAGACCUUGCCAGGGACGCCGAAAGACUGGACCUGCAGGCACUACGUGGGUUGAAGGCAAAGAUAAUAAUGGUCUACAAAUCUAUGGGACCUACUCUCGCAUUUCUUCCCCUGGAUUUUUCUCACGGCCGCUGGAGCGCAGAUGACAUCGGGAGUUUGAGGGAACCUCUUCGACUGGCCACCUUAUCCAGUCUUUCAUUACUCGAAUUCCACAUUGGCCGGACUAAUGGUGCGGUCAAGGCGGAAACCCUGGCACCUCUUGUGGAAGAUAUUGAAGGCUCAUGGGAGUACGAAAAGAGCGACGGACGUCCCAAACCAGCUGGGCGCCAUCAAAUAAUUGAAAGUGUACGUUUAUGGCGGGCCGUACGAGGCACCGAUAAUUAUAAUCUACCUGAGGAGACUAUCGAGGUACUCAGACAAUCAGCGUCGGAGAUACUGCCGGCUUGCUCGGAUGCGAUCGCCAUAACGGGCGAAUGUAUUCAUACGGUGAACUCGCGCCGGUGGUUUUCAAGUCCAUCCGAGGAACAGAUUGCCAGCCUGGUACAACGAGCUGAAGCCGCCGUUGAAAACCUCAAAGCAACUCGGACGUCCUUUGCCACAGAUACAACAGAGAAGCUACUGGAGAUACAUGCUGAUCUCUUCGAUGAUGAAGGGAAUCUCGCAACACCCGAGAGAGAGCUCAAUUAUCCCAUGCAACAAAUUGUAUUCUCGAUGGUCUUCGAGGAACAUAUCAUUUCCGUGGCCGACUCACUGGUCGGGUUGCUGUCUCGUGUUAUCCAAUUGUCCAAGGGACGUACAAAGGCCAGAUUCUGGUUCCCCACUAGAAUCAGAUACGCUGUCGCCUGGGUGCUAGGGAGGAAAGUGGCAGCCCCUAUCCCCGGCGAGUCCUUUUCUGUGGACCCGGACGUGGUGGAAGAACAGUUCAAAGAAGCACAGAUCCGUCUCCAAAUCAGCCGUGGGUACAAAACUAACCGCCGGGGUGGCUUUGCCACCGCAAUUUUCAAUGCCUAUCACUGGUUUAUCAAUACAGAAGGAUUGUACGCUCUGCGUAUUGUGAUCGUGACGGUAGCCCUCGCGAUCCCGGCCGCGAUUCCUUCCAGCGCUGGUUUCUAUUAUCGAGAAAAGGGUAUAUGGGGACUUAUUAUGGCUCAACUCACGCUUCUUCCGUACAUGGCGGAUUUCACCUUCUCGAUACUGACUCGCAGUAUCGCAACGAUUGUUGGUGGUGUCUUUGGAUUGCUAGCCUGGUACAUCGGUUCGGGCAGUGGGCCAGGCAACCCGUAUGGACUGGCGGCCAUAUCAGCAGUAAUGAUCGCAAUCAUGAUGUGGUCAAGGGUCUUUUCCAACUUUGCACUGAUGGCAGCCAACAUUAUCGGUGCGGCAACGUUCCUUCUAAUAGUGGGCUACAGCGAGGACGAUACUCAUAUUCCCGCCCCCGGCAACGCUGGAAUUGGUUAUAAUCUUUUCUGGCGUCGUAUCGUCCUUGUCUUGGUCGGCACGACAGGGGCUAUCAUUGUACAAGUCUUCCCUCGACCGCCGGCUGCGUCUCGCCACAUCAGCAAGUCUCUUUCCAACGCUAUGCGCAGUCUAUCUGACCACUACGCUCUCCUCCUGUCAUGCUGGAAUCGGCCUGAUAGGAAAAUCGGAAUCGUUGCUGAAAAGAUCACACUCGCUCUCGACGAAGCCCUUGUGCCUCUCACGGGUCCCAUCACCAUGCUGAAAUACGAAUUCUCCAGCUCCCCAUUCGACAGCCAGAGUCUAAACCAAGUGAAAACCCUUUGCCAUGUGAUGAAUUACACCCUCGGCCGACUCCUAUACCUUUCUGCCUCGCUGCCGACGAAGAUGCAAGAACGGAUCCAGGCCAUCGUCGGGAUUUUGGAUCACACCAAUAUCGGGGAUGUGAUGGCUGUGCUGAGCGUGGUUGAGCAGUCACUCAAGACCGGCGAUCCUCUUCCCGAAGCACUCCCUACCCCCUUAGCCAAGCGAUGCUACGUGUACUGGAAGAGUCGGCACUUGGAGGCCUGGCUGAGCAAGGAUCUCAUCCGAAACGAGGACUAUCGCAAGUUCUGCGUGGCCAUCCAUCUGUACUUGAAGUUCUUGGUCACGGUAGACGAGUUGGUCUUGCUUGCCAAGGGGAUGCUGGGGGAGUCGCAUAUCAUCAGUCAGGAGCUUUUGCUACAGGAGGUAUAG